CUAUCCUUUUUUUGGCACCUACAAACAAGCAAAAGCAAGCAGGCUACAAUCUCUCUUUCUCUCUCCCUCUCUCUGAAUGUAUAAUUUUGGAGGAAACGUGUCCCUGAAACUCAGCAUAAAGCGCCACAGCCCCCACUCACAGACUUGUAGAGAGAGAAGAGAGGAGCGAAGGGGGAGAGAGAGAGAGUGAGAGCGGUUCAGUUGCCUCUUCUUGUGCACCCAUCUCAACAAUGUGUGUCUCCUGUCUCCUCUUCACGAGUCUCGUCAUCUCUAUUUGUUCGAGUUUUAGGAGGGCCAACCGAUGUUUCUGUAGGAACUGAUGCCAAAUAUGCGGCUUGAACUCUCGCGAGCAAAACAACUUCAUUUGCAUGGAUAAAUGAAUAACACUUGAAUCCAAGGGAACAACUUGAUCAUCUGUGUCCUUCUGAUUUGCAAUUUCGAGCUGGUAAAGUUCUUCUCGUGAUGGAAUCCAAUGGAUGGAUGCAACCACAUUAUGUAAAUCCUGGGUACCCUUACCCCAACAAUGAAAGCUUCAUGAACUUCUUUGAAGGCUUUACUCAUGCCCCAGUGAGCUAUACUCCUCCAGCUGGAUCAUUGCUUGGUCAGGAAAGCAUGUACUGGCCGAUGAGCAUGAAUGCAUACAAAUUUGGCUCAGCUAACGAGGGGAGUAAUUCCUAUUACAGUUCUUAUGAGACAAAUGAUCAAAUGCCAAGAACAGAGGUCACUGGGAGUGGCUGGGAGCAGUCUUCGAGAUUUGGUGUUGAAGAGUCUGCCAGAAUAGACACUCAAUCUGAGGAACAUGCAUCCACAAGUGUGGGUGGGAAUCCGGAAGAAUGUAGCCCGAAUCAUCAAUCUCCUGAUGAGUCUCAGGCUGUUUGGCAAGAUGACAUUGAUCCGGACAACAUGACAUAUGAGGAACUGCUUGAUUUAGGUGAGGCAAUUGGAACUCAGAAUAGAGGUCUUCCCCAAGAGCUCAUUAGUCUGCUUCCAACCUCAAAAUACAAGCUUGGUGGUUUCUUUACCAGAAAAAAAUCUGGGGAGAGAUGUGUGAUAUGCCAAAUGAGGUACAAGAUUGGUGAUCGGCGAAUAAAGCUGCCCUGCAAACACGCAUACCACGGUGAAUGCAUCACCAAAUGGUUGGGCAUCAACAAGAUAUGCCCGGUCUGCAAUGUCGAGGUAUUUGGCAAGGAAUGAAAGGAUGGAGGGAUCAACGUACUGCUGAGAAUGCCGGUGGGGAUUAGACGCUUUUUUGCAGCUGGAGGCUUCUUUCUUCUUUAGGAGGAAAACUUUGGGUUCGAUUUUUGUACACGAGAUAUGAUAUAGGUAUAGGGGACUAUACUAGGGUCCGGGUCUCAUGCAGGUCCUACUAUUGAGUUGGAUCGUAAUUUCCCAAGUAUGUUCCAGGCUAUAUUAGCAAAGUGUAUAUGUAAUUGUGUGACGGAGGAUUUUGUCUAGCUUUCUUCUUUUUUCUGCAUGAUCUAUGUCAGAUCCAACAACGUCUUGGAGCA